UCCAACAAAACUCAAUGAAAAUAUAAAAACUCAACGAUUUAAAACACACAAACGUCAUAAUACAACAAUAAUAUGGUUACUCACAAGAUUCAGCCCCAGAUGCAAAGCAUUUUAAUGAAUUAUGUACUAUUUAAACCAGUGAACAUGCAUUUUGCUUCUGUAUAUUGUUUGAACACCAUUCUAUUGUAUGCUAUUAGUGUUUUGUAAUCCAUGUAAACACAUUAUGGAUUCUCAUCAUAUGUUUGUUUUAUUUCGAAAUAGCAUAGCUUCCAGUCUUCUUUAGUUUCCUGUUUACAGAUGUUGAUAAGAAAAUGUCUGCAAAAUACACACGUCUGUCCACUGAAGAGAGCGACCCUGGGGUAGCCUUCGACUUCUCUUCGUACAGCACUUAUGCUGGAAGCAGCAGAUUUGAUGAGCAGUACAAGUCGAUAUUUUCUUACGGGGACGAACAGAUAAAGGACAAAAACCUUUCUCUUAGCGUAGUGAAGGAGCCCAUGCUAUCUAGACUUUGCCGGUUCUUCAUCACUGCACUCUGUGUCCUGCUGUGCAUUGCAACAUUCCCUGUAUCAGCGUUUUUUGUUAUAAAGACGGUGUCAGAAUGUGAGCGACUGGUGAUAUUCAGACUGGGACGUCUGCAAAAAGUUCGAGGACCAGGUGUGAACCUGGUGCUGCCCUGUAUAGACCGUGUGAAGAAGGUUGAUGUGAGAAUCAAGGCCUUCAAUGUGCCACCUUUGCAGCUUAUUACAUCCGAUGCUGGAAUAAUAGAACUUGGAGCAGAUGUGUAUUACAAAAUCUCAGACGCAGUGAAAUCCGUAACCAAUAUCCAGGAUGUAAACUCGGCAUUACGAGGUCUGGUGCGAAACGCUGUGAUGAGCUCGCUGACAAAACACAACCUGCAGGAUAUUGAUGAGAAAAAGAACACGCUGCUGGAUAAAAUACAGACUGACUGUAACCAGGCGGCUGUGACUUGGGGUGUGUGCAUCGAGAGAAUUCAACUGUCCCCAAUCAAGGUCCUGCAGGCAGCGCAGGAGCAAGGGGCCCUGAAGGGGCUGGGAGGUCAGCAGGGGCUGUCCCAGGUGUUCCAACAGCUAGCCCAGGCAUUACUGGGCCCAGGAACAUCUCCUGGCGGCCCUGUGCCCACCUCCCAGUCUCAGGUCACCAUAGAGAUGGGUGACGGCUCAGGGGCAGCUGGGACGGGUAGUGAAGAGGCAGUCUCCACGUCGACUGUUACCCCGGCAACUCUGGUGGACCUGGUGAGGGGAGUUCUCAGCGAGUCUCUGGUGCUGAGUGUGGACGCAGUCUACCAGUUUGAGCUGUCAGGGAGCAGUGGGGGCGUGUUUUACUUGGAUCUAAAGCACGGUAAAGGAUCCGUUGGAGUGGGACCAGACCCCGGACACAAUCCAGACGUGACCUUGGGGCUCUCAGUGUCUGACAUGCAGAGCAUGUUCACAGGGAACCUAAAGCCUCUGUCGGCGUACAUGAGCGGGCGACUGCUGGUGUCAGGUGACCUUUCUGCAGCCACCCGCCUGGAGGAGGUCAUGGAACGUGUGAUCAGCAAGACUACCAACAGCACGGUGGCAGGGCAUACUGUCGUGAACAUAUGAACAUGUGGUUGGAAUAGCACAGUGGAGGGGUAUAACAUCGUCCCCACUGGGAGGGCGUUUAUUAGAUUAAAUCUGUUGGUAGAAUGGUUGGUCUGUCUGUCCCCAUACAAUGUUUAAAGUUUGUAGAGCAAAGUACUUCAACAUUGCUCAGUGGAUGAAAUUGAAACUUAAAAAAUAUCAUCAUGAAAAGCAGGUUUUCCAGAAACUUCUUUAUUCCCAGUGAUCCACAUGUUCUGGAGUUAUUGACAAAUGGUGCAACGGUCACGUUUGUGACAAAGCUGUAGGUUUGUUUAGAACAACAAUGCAAAUAUUAUCCCAUGGUGUUUUGUGAUAAAAAUGUCUGCAUUUGUCUGCUGGGCCCAUAAUCCCCUGUCAUUUAAUUGACUCAAGUUUUACUAAACCAUUUCAACUUAAAUUGGUUGGAGAAUACAGUAUUGGCCUAACUGCGAGAAAUGUUGUCAAAAUUGCUCAUGUUAUCAUUCCAUGUCACUCCAUGUAGUUGUACCAUUUUUACAAUAAGUAUACAAUGUUUUAUAUUGGAUGUAUUUUUUCUGAAAAGAAUUAUAUGUCUUGUAAGCAUAUAAAUUUGUGUAAAUCUAUGUGCCAAAACCAUCUAGUAUAUUGAUGUUAUUUUUUUAAUGAAGAAAUCGGAACGAAACCGGAAUUUCCUACAAAAAUGUUCUUUUUUCCUCCCUACACGUUUUUUGGGGAGUAUAAUGGACUCAACAUUUGUUUUCAUUUAGUUUUUUAUUCUGGAGGUUUUCUAGUCCAAACAAUGGAAUGAAACUCAUUGGAGCUUAUUUAGGUGUACAUGUACACUGAUCCAGGACCUUCUGCUUUUAUUAUAAAUUUAUAGAUUUAUCGGACUCAGUAGAUAUUUGAAAAAGCAUUACGUUUGUAAUUUUGUCUCGGAGUAUUACUCCACGACUACUGAACUUUUUCUUAUUUAAUGUAACUUAAUGUUAAGCUUCAUUACCAAAAAGAGGUGUGCACUAAACCAAGAUGAUUUUCCCCGAGAUUUUUUGAAGGGUUUUUUAAAUGUGAAUAUUCUGUAAAUUUCUCCAUUCUCCGCUUAUAGUUGCCAAAAUAUAAAAAUUCAAUGAGAGUGCAUGUUAUAUGUAUGUUCCAAGGCAGUUUCCACAGUUUUAUUAAUGAAUUUGACUUUAAUUUAUUAUUUAAUGACAAACAAGCAAAUUUAUUGAAUUGAUAUCUUCGCCAAAUUAAUUUUGUUUGUACGUGUAGAUGGCUGAAAAUCCCUCAAUGUAUGGUAGAAUCCUAACAAAAAAAGGGAUAUAUUUAAUUCAAAAUUUUUAACAUUUGACCUCAGUGUGUGACCUUGACCAUAGAGACUGGAGUCUUAACUGUUACAAACUUCAAGAUAAAAAUAAUAAUUGUAGACAAUUAUUACAGAAUCCUUUGAUUCAUAGUGAAGUAAUGGCAAAAUAAUGAAUAAUUCAUCAAAUGUGUUACCUUGACCUUGCCUCUAAGGUUAUUUAUCUUCCAAGUGACUCAGCCAGAGGAAAGAGAAUGAUGAUGUAUGGUAGAAUCCUACCAAAAUAAGGAAUGUUUAAUCACACUUUGUAACAUUUGACCUAUUAAAGUGUAUGACCUCAAAAUUGUGACCUUUACCCUAGAGACCAAAGUUUUACCUGUGACACACAGCCAGACAAGGGAGAACAAUUGUAGAAAGUUAUUACAGAAUUCCUUGAGGCACAGUGAAAUAGUGGCUAAAUUAUGAUUAAUUCAUAAAAUUUGUGAUUUUUAACCUCAAUGCGUGACCUUGUCUCUAGUGUUAUGGGUCUUGUUUGUGACUCAGACCAAGAUAUUGAGAACAAUUGUGGUAAGUUGCAUGGCUGUGGUUCAUAUGUUAUUGAAGAUACAUCUCAAGACAGACACAAUCCUGUAUGAAAUGGGAAUUUUCAAGUUAACCCCCCCCCCCUCAAUAACUCUGUUAUUUGCAAAGGGAUUGUGACAGCAUUUGAUGUGCAUCAUCCUCUUUAUCAUCCAUUUAGACACUCAAGUUUAUAUGGCAUUGACCAAAGCAGUUCCGAGAUAUGACUCGGCACAAAGGUGUUCAGGAUAGACAUGAGUACGAAAGGACAGAGAAACGCCGAAACAAUACACCUUGUUCUACGAGAAUUCAGUUUUCUUUGAAAUUAUUGCAUUUAUCAGUAUUUAUAUCCCUGGUUUACCAUUCUUGAAAUCCUAUCCAUUCAAAGUUAUCAUCACUGGGUAUUAUUUUCGUUUUGUUGCUUUGUCAAGUUAACACACCUGUCACCUACAGGCUGAAUGACUCCCCAAAUAAAUAUCACUUAGCUAAAAAUUAGUAUAGUGUCAACUGAUUAAAAUCAGAACAUACAUAUUACAUGCAUUCUCAUUGCUAAAUAUUUUAAGUUUUAAGAAAGCUGGAGACUAACGAAUGUUUAUAAGCUUGGACCAUGUGUAUUUGUUGUACACAAUAUUGUACUUUUUUAAUUUUUUAUUUAUUUUAUAUGAUAAACAUUAUCCUGUUAAGUUGAUAUAUAUUAUUGUUUGCUUCUUAUUUUAGUAAUCACUUUGUUAAUAAAAUUGUUUGAAAACAG